UCAUCCUCUUUAUCCUCCUCAUUCUCAAAGUUCACUUUGGGCCGUCCUGAUAUCUGCGUCUCCUGGCUGGCUAGCUGGCCUCUGGCCUUCAAUCUGGGUGUGAUUUGCUUUCAUUCCAUGUGAUUCCCUCCCCCGCCUUCCGGUUCCACUUCGCUCCGCCCACCCACCCUCUGGCUAGGUCUAUACUACGGGCGGCCUUAUGUGGACCCACCUUUGGCCCAUUUGGCUGAGCUUGUGGCUUGGGGCUGGCCUGAGGGGCGUCAAUGCGGGAGGGCGCUACGAUGACUCGAGCGUGGUUUGCGAGCCCAUUAAGGCCCACAUGUGCGAUUCGCUGGGCUACAAUCAGACUGGCAUGCCCAACUUUGGCAACUCGACGCGCCAGGCCGAUGCGCUGACCACCUUGGAAACGUUCAUCCCUUUGGUGAUGACCCAAUGCUCGCCCGACAUCCAGUUCUUCUUGUGCGCGGUCUACAUCCCCGUGUGCCAAUCCGAUGUGGAAAUUCAGCCUUUAAUUGGCCCGUGCCGCCCGUUGUGCGAGCGGGUGCGUCAGCGUUGCGAGAAAACCUUGAUGGGCUUCAAUUCGGUCUGGCCGCCAGUCUUGGCCUGCCACCGAUUCCCGGAGACUAAUAGUCACGACCACAUGUGCAUGGAACGCUCGGAGGACGAUCGGCGGGAUAUUCCGAAAUUCUCGGUCAGCUCGUCCUCGAUUAUCAAUCUCCAGAGUAAUCCCCUGUUUAUGCAAAAGGCCAUCGAUACUGAUCAUCAUCAAUUCCACGACUUGGCUGGGCAAUUCUCGAAUUCCCGAGUCAUGCUCAACAAGCUCAUACUCAAUGGCCAAACGAGUGCGCAAAACGAAAUGGGACAGACCCCUUCAGGUCGUUGUCAAAACUUACGUUCGCCUUCGCAUUGGCAUUUUGUGGAGCGUUUGGAUCGAUGCGUGCCCGAGUGUGGGUCCGAUGUCCAGUUUCGUGAGGAAGACAAGGCCUUGGCAGAAAAAUGGAUGAUUGCCUUGACCGUGAUAUCGUCCUUAACUGGCGUUUUCACGUUGGUCUCGUUUCUCUUGGACUCGAAUCGACACCAGUACCCGGAACGGGCCAUCUGUUUCAUUACUUUGGCCGCCUUGGGCUAUAAUUUUGGUUACGUGAUUCGACUGAUCGUGGGGCGCGAAGCCACCUCGUGCUUCCCUUCCGACCAAAACCCGGAUCUUCUUCUCUUGACGGUGGAAGGACAUCGAAAUCCCGCCUGCUUUACGGUCUUCCUGUUCCUGAACUUCUUUUCGUGUGCCAUCACCUCUUGGUGGCUCAUCACCACCUUAACAUGGUUUUUAUCUAUUACCACUAAACUCACCGCCAAGCGCCUGUCUCAUUAUGUCACUUAUUAUCAUAUUUUUGGCUGGGGCUGGCCCGCCUCCAUCACCAUUCUCCUCGCCGUCAUGAAGGAAAUGCACGGGGAGGAAUUUUCGGGCACUUGCGGUCCAGCAGCCCAAGAUGAUUACGGGCUUCUGGUUUAUGUGAUCUUGCCAGAGUCGAUUCAGUUCUCUCUUAGCCUUCUACUGCUCUUGAUUGGGUUGAUUGUAAUGUUAUCCAAGGCUGGAGCUGAAGAUGGUCCGACUGGAUUCAAAGAUAUCGCCAUGAAAAUGGGAUUAUACACAAUUCUGUUUGUCAUUGCCAAGGGUCUCAUCUUGGCCACAUUCAUCUAUGAAUAUUCAGAAAGGUCCUCGUGGCUCAAUCGCACUAGCACAGCUGAGCCUACAGUCGAUUUGUUCCUCCUGCGUUUGUGCAUGGGACUGCUCUUUGGUGUUCUCAGCGGAACAUGGAUCAUAUCCCAAGAUACCAAGCAAGUUUGGAAACGCGAAGUUCUCCACUUUUGUUGUUGGUCCAAAAAUAAAAAAGUAGCCUAUCCGACGGUUGCAUACUCGAGGCAAUCACAACCAAAAGCGGAAGGUAAUCCUGAGUCGCAGGAGACGGAGUAUACCACAUUGCACUCAACUAGCACUCCAGCAUCACAAAGACAACUUCAGAGACAAAAACGGAUGCAACAGCAAGUAGUUCAACUUCCAUCCCAUCACCAACCUAAUCCACAGCCGGGGAAUUCCCGAGCCACACUCUACUCGGACAACCACAAUGGAAGUAGUGGACAAUUCUUCCUUUAAGCUCUCCACCAAAUAGGAAUUCAUUUACAUAUUAUGUGUUUCCCGUUCGUCAAUACGUCAAGAGAUCUAUCGUCUCUUUAUUUCCAAGAAUAAAUGUCCAAUACCGCGA